AUGGCGGACUGCUGGAAAUGGAAGGCGACCAAGGACGGAGUCUUCUCUACGAAGUCGGCAUAUUCCAUCCUGAUGGAGACUUCGACCGAAAGCUCCAUGCCGGCCAUUGUUAAGAAAGCUUCCUACAAGGUGUGGAAGGUCCCAGCGCCUCACAAGCCAAAGGUAACUACUUGGAGGCUGAUCAAAAAUAGACUUCCAACUUGUGACGAGCUGUUGAAGAGGAAUAUCCCGCUUGCGAUCGAGGAGAGCUACUGCACUUUGUGUGUAGCAAGCCCGGAGACAGCAAACCACUUGUUUCUUCUCUGCCCCAAAGCGGGGAAGGUCUGGGAUGAGAUUCAGAAAUGGCUCGGGAUAUGUACGGCUCGUCCUCAAGAUUGUUAUCCAAAAAUUGCAAUUGCUCAUAGGAUCAUGUUGACUAUGCAUGUUACUGUAGCAUCAGCUGAGCAGAGUUUCUCAAAUUAA